GCAUCGUCGGUAGCACGCCCGCGUUCGCCGACCUCGACGGCGACGGCGACCUCGACCUCGUCGUGGGCUACGACGACGGCACCCUCAGCUACUACGAGAACGUCGGGUCGGCGGCGUCGCCGAGCUACGAGGCCGUCACCGGCAGCGCGAACCCCUUCGACGGCAUCGACGUCGGCGACGACAACGUCGAUUACCAUAGCAUGCCCGCGCUCGCUGACCUCGAUGGCGACGGCGACCUCGACCUCGUCGUGGGCGAAUACUGGGGCGCCCUCUUCUACUACGAGAACGUCGGUUCCGCGGCGUCGCCGACCUACUCCGCCGUCACCGGCAACGCGAGCCCCUUCGACGACGUCGACGUCGGUCGCAACAGCGCGCCCGCGCUCGGCGACCUCGACGGCGACGGCGACCUCGACCUCGUCGUGGGCGUAAUGUACGGUGCCCUCCUCUACUACGAGAACGUCGGGAAUGCGACGUCGCCGAGCUACGAGGCCGCCAUCGAGAACCCCUUCGACGGCAUCGACGUCGGUCUCCACAGCGCGCCCGCGCUCGGCGACCUCGACGCCGACGGCGACCUCGACCUCGUCGUGGGCGAAGAGGACGGCGCCCUCUACUACUACGAGAACGCCGGGUCCGGGGCGUCGCCGAGCUACAUGGCCGUCACCGGCACCAGGAAUCCCUUCGACGGCAUCGACGGCGGCGUACGGAACGGCGACCUCUACUACUACGAGAUCGAAGGGCCCGCG